UCAGAUCACACUAACAAAAAAAUCAGAAAUCAGAAUUGUUCAAGAAAAUUGCAAUCGGUGCAUCUCUAUCAAAGAACAAACUUUGUUUGCUGGAGCUGUCCAUGUGUGUGUUUCUUUACAAAAUUACAUUGCCAUCUACUGGCCUGGCAGCAUAAUGCAGUGUUUUUAUACGUUUUCAUGGAUCUGUGUUAAAAAGGGAAAGUAUUGACAUUGUUUUCAUCUGUGCACAAAUAUUUUAGUCUUUUAUUUUUCAAACAUAUCCAAUUGAUUUUCAUCUUUAAAAUUAUUUGAUUUUAGGCCUGAUGAAAAUGAAAGAAGAAAGACAAGAUAUGAAUGAAGUGGAGGAGAAACAUCAGGAUCAGAAAGAUCAUGAUCUCAAUGGAGAACAAUCAGUGAGUUGCAGCAUUAAAAACACAGAAAUCAAAAGGCCUUUCAGCUGCUCUCAGUGUGAAAAAACGUUCACAUGUAACAAAAAUCUUAAGUGUCACAUGGUAAUUCAUACUGGGAUAAAGGCUUUCAGCUGCUCUCAGUGUGGAAAGAGUUUUACACAGAAAGGACAACUUCAUAAUCAUUUGGUAACUCACACUUCAGAAAAGCCUUUCAGCUGCUCUCAGUGUGGAAACACUUUCAAGUGUAAAGCAAACCUUAAGAAGCACAUGUUAAUUCAUGCUGGGAUAAAGCCUUUCAGCUGCUCUCAGUGUGGAAAGUGUUUCACAAGUAAGGGAUCCCUUAAGACUCACAUGUUAAUUCAUACUGGAAUAAAGCCUUUCACCUGCGUAACCCCUCAGUGUGGAAAGAGUUUCAUAAGUAAAGGAAACCUGAGGGAUCACAUGUUAAUUCAUGCUGGAAUAAAGUCUUUCAGCUGCUCUCAGUGUGGAAAGACUUUUACAAAGAAAAGACACCUUAAAAAUCAUUUGGUAACUCACUCUUCAGAAAAGCCUUUCUUCUGCUCUCAGUGUGGAAAGAGUUUUACACGUAAAUCAAGCCUUAGGACGCACAUGUUAAGUCAUACUGGGACAAAGUCUUUAAUCUGCUCUCAGUGUGGAAAGAGUUUUACAUAUGAAUCAAACCUUAAGAAUCACAUGGUAGUUCAUACUGGGAUAAAGCCUUUCACCUGCUCUCAGUGUGGAAAGAGUUUUACAUAUGAAUCAAACCUUAAGGAUCACAUGUUAAUUCAUACUGGGAUAAAGUCUUUCACCUGCUCUCAGUGUGGAAAGAGUUUUACACAUAAAUUAAGCCUUAAGAAUCACAUGUUAAUUCAUACUGGGAUAAAGUCUUUCUCCUGCUCUCAGUGUGGAAAGAGUUUUGCACAUAAAUUAAGCCUUAAGGAUCACAUGUUAAUUCAUACUGGGAUAAAGUCUUUCUCCUGCUCUCAGUGUGGAAAGAGUUUUACACAUAAAUCAAACCUUAAGGAGCACAUGUUAAUUCAUACUGGGAUAAAGCCUUUCUCCUGCUCUCAAUGUGGAAAGAGUUUUACACGUAAAUCAAGCCUUAAUAGGCACAUGUUAAGUCAUACUGGGAUAACGUCUUUAAUCUGCUCUCAGUGUGGAAAGAGUUUUGCAUAUGAAUCAAACCUUAAGAAGCACAUGUUACUUCAUACUGGGAUAAAGUCUUUCAUCUGCUCUCAGUGUGGAAAGAGUUUUACACACAAAUCAAGCCUUAAUAGCCACAUGUUAAUUCAUACUGGGAUAAAGUCUUUCUCCUGCUCUCAGUGUGGAAAGAGUUUUACAUAUGAAUCAAACCUUAAGGAGCACAUGUUAAGUCAUACUGGGACAAAGUCUUUCUCCUGCUCUCAGUGUGGAAAGAGUUUUACACACAAAUCAAGCCUUAAUAGCCACAUGUUAAUUCAUACUGGGAUAAAGUCUUUCUCCUGCUCUCAGUGUGGAAAGAGUUUUACACAUAAAUGUGUGAUUUCUGUGGUUGAAUAG